AUGGAAAGUAAGAGGGCCGAAUCGGGCGCCUCGAAAAUCAACCCGAAAGACAAAAUCGCCCUUGAAUCUUUAAACAAAGAAAUUGACGAACUAAGAGAAACAAACCUCCCCCAUAUUCCACAUCUCCUCUUAGUCAACACCAAUAAUCCCUUUCUCCCCCGGUUUCCGCACGAAAACACAAACACCCCCUUCGAACCCUGGGAAGUGCAGUCCCUACAGUAUAUGACCUUGAUCGCCGACGCUGAUAGAGGGACUGCUCUUGCAAAAGGUAAUUGGGAGGAUGAAUUCUUGGGACCAACCUCAGCCAGCGCGGAUGCACGCAGCAAUACGCCGACACCGAAUCCUUUCAAUAAAGACGCAAAGAAAGCUUCUGUGAAAUAUUCCAUAAAAGAUUACAAGAACAUGAAGCAGACAGGAGUCAAGCCUUCUCCAAAGCCACUAGCUGCUGAUGCAGAGCGCAAAAUAAGCCACUCACGAAAUACAAGUGUUUUGUCUACGGAUACCCCAAUGUCUCGGGUGCCUUCUAUGGAAGGGGGCUUGGCAGGUGGGAAGCAGAACGGCGUUAGCUCUGCUGUCAACUCAAGCCGAUUUGAGAAAGGUGCUCGUGAAGAGAGACCAAACGAACCGCGCUCAGUACCACAAGAGCGAAAAGAGAAGUCUCGUCUGAGCAUGAACGGUAAUAUCGACUCCACGCGCCGUGCUCCUCAAAGCAAAGAAACAAACAUCUCCGUCUCAAAGAACGAUCAACAGCGUGCCGCACAUCUAGUGAAACAUGGCCUUCCUCCACGACCCCAAUCCCCGCGUCGAGAUAAGCAGGCGACUGAUUCUAAGAAAAGACCUCUGGAAUCCGCUGUAAACCCGGCCGAGAAGCGAACAAAGGUUGACCAAUUGCGCCCUACCGCAGCACCACCAAAUAGCUCUACGAGACCUCGUUCAGACUCGAAGCCAUUUCCAACAAAGGCUCAAAAACCACAAGCAACCUCCUCACAGGCUUCGAAUUUGACCAAAAAGCUUGGUCAGAACUCCAAGCUCGCGGACCAAACUAAUUCCAAAACACAGUCGGAGCUACCAAAUUCCGAGAAACCACAUAACCUCCCUCCACUCCUAUCGCCACUACCUGCUGAUCUCGAUAAUGGUCCUGUUUCCAAUGUCUCAUCCUCUGGGUUUGCGAAGUCUGGCAAGCUCGAUUCAGCUAAAAAUUCCUCCUCCAAUACACCUUCAAAACCGAAGCAUCUGAGUCAAGACACUAUUGUCGUGAAAGACUCUACUCUUCAAACAUCACCUCUUUCCACGCCUCCCAAGUCGAAGUCUCCUCCAUUCAUUCUGCCGCCAUUGUUAUCGCCAGGUCUCCCAGAAAUUGUAGAGCAAGAGCUUCUUCGUUUGCAACAGAAAUCCGCAGAACAAAAGACAGCUGCGCUCAACACGGUUGAGGCGCGUCACGAAAAGGCACGGCAACCGGAUACACCCGGUGUUGCCCGAAAGACCAUAAAGUCGAAAGUUGGCCACCCUCCAAAGAAGACUAACGCAGAUUCCAGUAAGCCGCAGGAUCUCGAGAAGUCUGGAUCUUCGACCAAGCCGUCUCUUAUCGUAAAGCUUCCAUAUAAAAAGGCGUCAAAAAAGACAAUCGAACAGCUUCUAAGACUAAAAGCAAAACCGUCCGCUGAUUUUAUAAAACUAGAGGCAGUCAGGCUUGGAACACAGAAAAAUACCCCUGUUGUCCCAAGUCAAGACUCAGACCCCGAAGAAGACACCCCAGUGGCAACUGUUCCGAAAGCAAAGGCAGCGCCUCCACCCAGCAAAAAGAGACCUGCAGAGUCUAGUGACGUACGAGCUCCCGAUCCGCCAGCUAAGCGAAAAGAGAAGGAGAAAGAACGAGAGGAAACCCCAAAACCAAGCGCUACUCAACUCAAACCUCGUUUCAAGUCGCCAGCACCCACUAAUCCAAGUGACAAGAGUUUACUAGCUACCCCGAAGCGAGGAGAUGCGAUGAAAUCAAUUGCGAUGCGCCGAGUAGAUUCCAGUGACGGCCACGCGCGUACACCUCAAGGAACAGCCAUCAGUACACCCGCCAGCGCAGAGAAGCCUCGUGCUAACGGUGAGGUUCGGGUACAAAGUGCCGAGAUUGAGAGACUGCAUGCCGAGGAAAGGCGCCUGACGGGACUUGCUAUAAAGGUCAAACAUAAGAUGGAUGAUAUAAUGAAGUUCAAGGACCUAAAGCAGCGCGAUAAUAUAACGGAUCCUGAAAGAAAACUAGGCCUGGGCAUUGGACUGGAGGCUCUGACUGUCUAUAUGAACGCAUUCAAUGCUCAAACGCGACAGCUGCAGCUGCAGAAGCGCCCAAUUUCUUCUGGAUCUUGGGAGUCUCUGAUAAAGUUAUGGGAGUUUAUGGACGGCAAUUGCCGUGCUUUCCCCAUACUGCAAGCUCUGGCCGCUGCACUGGGAGCACUCAUAAGGGAGGAGCUACGACGUUCCGGUGUGGAGUCUAUCAGUUAUAUGAACCGGGAAGCAAAAACCCUCGAAUUGCUAAAAGCCAACGACAGGGAGCGAGACAGGCUCUGGAUUCGAUACCAUUCUUCUAGAUUGGUCAUGGCUGAGCUUGGUGUCACAGAUGUCGUUGGGCCCUGGACCACAAUUUCCGAAGCCACAAACUUUGCCAUGGAUGUCUUGGGGGCGUACUCAAAAAAGGAAAAACUGAACUGGAAACGUGAAGUUGGAUAA